GGAAGCUCAAAUGCAGGUUUCGUGCGUGAUAAGCCCGAAACUGAGGUGUCUCGAAGAUAGAAAUACCUGUAUAUUUCUUACAAAGUAGGCAAGAUAACUUCUCGGGACAGACUCUAGUCAUAUAUUACUAUUCACCUUUGGUGGUUUUGUCGUUAAUAGGACAAAAUGGGUUGCUGGUUUUCCAAAAAAUCUAAAAGAAAAUCACCCGAAAAAGAACCUACGACGACGGUAGAAGAGAACACGACCAGCAACAACAUUGCCCUCAGCAGCAAUGCAACUGAGGAUCCACCUAAACAAUACAGCUGGGACAAACGUGAAAAGGUUGACCCGAAGGACUUCAUGCUAACGGGGCUGAAGGAUGCCACGGUGGGCCGUCUGCCAGGCAAGCUGAACGGACAGCAGUUUGUCAUCCAGGACUGUGACAACUGUAAGAUCUUCGUGUUGGACCACUCCGCCACCAUCACCAUCGACGACUGUACUAACUGCUGCAUCGUUAUGGGGCCAGUGAAGGGCAGUGUGUUCUUCAGGGACUGUAAGGACAUCAAGUGUGUGGUGGCCUGCCAGCAGUUCAGGACCAGGGACUGUAAGAAGAUGGAGGUGUUCCUGUGUUGCGCCACUCAGCCCAUCAUCGAGGCGUCCACGGGGAUGAAGUUCGGCUGCUUCCAGUACUACUACCCUGAGCUGGCCUUCCACUUCAAGGACGCAGGCCUCAGCAUCUUCAACAACAACUGGAGCAACGUCCAUGACUUCACGCCUGUCUCAGGGGAGACCAAUUGGAGCCUGCUGCCUGAGGACACUGUGGUGUUGGACCAUGUUCCAGCCCCUGACCCGGAGUCAGAGUUUAAAUCAGUCCGGAUCUCAGCUGAGGCAUCCCGCAGCAUCGUGCCCAUGACCAAAGGAGGCAGACGCAAGGAGAGUGACGAGUCCUGUCUGUUUGUGUUCUUCUCUGGGGACUACACCACUGCUAACGCCCGGAAACUCAUUGAUGAGGCCUCUGGGAAAGGGUUUGUGCUGAUCCAGACUAAGGAAGUGUCCAUGCGCCCAGAGGAUGUCAGCAGAGUGUUCCAGAACAAUGCAGAGGGACUCCUGGAGUGGAUCACCAACGGCCCAGUGACAGCUCUGGAGUUGAAUGGGGACGGGGUAGUGGAGGCCUGCAAGAGUAUGGCCAGUGACAUGUUCAGUGGAACCAAGGUGUUUGUUUCAGACAACAGAAAUACUUCCUCUCGAGAUGUGGACAACUUCUUCAACUUUGCUGACAUGCAGAUGGGCUUGUGAUUGAAUCACUGUAUGACAAUCAAACUACACCACUGAUACACUUUUGUAUGUUGACAUUUUUUAUUGGUAGUAUUAACACUGGAUAUACCGGUAGGUAGGAGAGAGGACAGGUUGACCAACAUAGUGAAUGUAGGUAGGAGAGAGGACAGGUUGACCAACAUAGUGAAUGUAGGUAGGAGAGAGGACAGGUUAAUCAACAAAGUGAAUGUAGGUAGCAGAGAGGACAGGUUAUUCAACAUAGUGACAAUGACAUCUACCAGUCUGUCUAUCCUGGCCUCUAUCCACUAUUCAUAGUAACAAUAUAGACUACCAGUCUGUCUAUCCACUAUUCAUAGUAACAAUAUAGACUACCAGUCUGUCUAUCCACUAUUCAUAGUAACAAUAUAGACUACCAGUCUGUCUAUCCACCAUUCAUAGUAACAAUAUAGACUACCAGUCUGUCUAUCCACCAUUCAUAGUAACAAUAUAGACUACCAGUCUGUCUUUCCACCAUUCAUAGUAACAAUAUAGACUACCAGUCUGUCUAUCCACCAUUCAUCGUGACAAUAUAGACUACCAGUCUGUCUAUCCUGGCCUCUAUCCACCAUUCAUAGUAACAAUAUAGUCUACCAGUCUGUCUAUCCUGCCCUCUAUCUAUACCUAGCAGUGGAGAGGUCAGCUGAUAGGCAGU